GGGGAGGGAGAGUGUGUGUGUGUGUUUGGUGGACUCUGAAGGGGGGGCGGAGCCAGCGUGUCUCGCGCUCGGUUAGUUAGAGCUGCUCGCGGGCAGCAGGCAGAGGGAUGGUCUGGUCUCGCGCUCAGCAGCGGGCAGCAUCAGGUCAUGAUGUCCGUGCGGCUGGACACCUGCCCGCGUGUCACCUUCAGCAGAGCGGGAACUGCGACGACUCUGGCUCGGGGACCUGAGGCCGGGAUGGGUGGAGAUGCGUGUCCUAGCAAGCUGGGAUCGACCAAUCACAUUCGACUUCUCCUCUACAUCUUGAUCCCCACCGUGAGCCUGCUGGCCGGCCUGCUGCUGCUCGCCCUCGCUCUCACAGGUAUAUUUGGCACCAACCUCUUGGACUCCUCCCCCCUCCCCUCCCCUGAGCCCAUCGCUGACAGCGACCCCAGUUACCAUGUCAACAGCACAAGCCCCUCCCCCUUCUUUGAGCUGGAAAAUGUCACAGAUGCGUUUAGAAACCAUAGCGACGGUGACGUCACAAAUGUCAACGACCACAGCUUAAGCACACCUGCUGCAACAACCAGCGUUCCCCCAUUAUCCUCCUCCUCUCAGGCCACGCCCCCCACACCCCAAACUGAGCCACCCGAUUGGCUGACUUCGAUGACAUCACUAAGCACUGCCUGGCCGAUCAGCACAACGCCGGCACAAGACUCAGGUAGCUGUCAGUCGCUCGUGGAGCCUCAGUGUCACAUGUUGCCUUACAACCAAACAUGGCUGUCCUCUUCUGUUGCCGUGGUGAAGAGCUCAGAGGUCGACAUGUUCCUAAGGUUCUUCAGCUACCUCAGCAGACUCUCCUGCUACAGACACAUCAUGCUGUUCGGCUGCUCGCUUGCACUGCCCGAGUGUUUCGUUGCUGACCACAUGCACAGCAGGCGGGUAGUGCUGCCCUGUGCGUCAUUCUGCGAGGCGGCGAGGGAAGGCUGUGAGCCCGUCCUGCAAAUGUUCAACGCCUCCUGGCCGGACUUCCUGCGCUGCUCACAGUUCAGCAACUUCACCUACUCUUCAUCUCCAUCAUCGUCGCCCAUGGCAACAGCAGGCCCCGCCCCCGCUACCUGUUACACGCCGAGACAGAUCAAAGGAAAACCCUCCGUGUGUGGCGGGAAGGAUGACUUCCUGUGCACGACGGGGAUUUGUGUCCCUCAGAAGCUCGUGUGUAACGGGUACAACGACUGUGAUGACUGGAGCGAUGAAACACACUGCGGUGAGACACACACACACACACACACACACACACACACACACACACACACACACACACUGUGAUCUGUAUAAACAGCAGGGGGAGGUUUCAGCCGGUUGCCGUGGUGAUGUGUUGAUCAGGUGAUUUACAGUGAGAGUUCCGGAACUGUUUGUAGAAGUCAUCGUCAUGGCGACAGGAGACAAUAGGCUGAGACUCUGGAAUGUAAAGAGAGAGAGAGAGAUGUGUAUGUUGUCGCUCGCCCUCUCUCUGACCUCUGACCUCUGACUGUCUUUAGAAGACGAGGA